AUGAGCGCACCUGAGACACAAACACCGGCUGCGGCGCCGGAUGCCAGCGAGAAGCAGGCCUCUGCUGGUCCGCUCAAGCUGCCCAUUCCCUUUCCGACGGCCGACAGCGUGCCGCCUCCGCGCGCCGAGUUGACCGACGCCCAGGCUAAGAAGUACGAGUGGCUGCUCGAGCAGGUGAAGAGUUGGACGACGGUGGCCUCGUCCAAAGACAGCAAGGAGGACAAGUCGGGUCCGCUGACGGACGAGGACCGGUUCUGGCUGACACGGGAGUGCCUGCUGCGGUACCUGCGGGCGACCAAGUGGCACGAAAAGGAGGCUGCCAAGCGUUUGCACGAAACCUUGACAUGGCGUCGCGAGUACGGCGUGGAGGGACUCACGGCAGAGCAAAUCUCGCACGAGAACGAGACGGGCAAGCAGGUGCUGCUGGGCUACGACAAGCAGGGCCGCGUGUGCCACUACCUGAACCCAGGCCGCCAGAACACGGACCCGUCGCCGCGCCAGGUGCAGCACUUGGUGUACAUGGUUGAGCGUGUCAUUGACUUGAUGCCGGCCGGCCAGGAGACGCUGGCGCUGCUCAUCAACUUCAAGACAAGCAAGAGCCGGUCCAACACGGCGCCCGGCAUCAGCACCGGCCGCGAGGUGCUGCACAUUCUGCAGACGCACUACCCCGAGCGCCUGGGCCGUGCCCUCAUCAUCAACGUGCCCUGGGUCGUCUGGGGCUUCUUCAAGCUCAUCACGCCCUUCAUCGACCCGCUGACGCGCGAGAAGCUCAAGUUCAACGAGGACAUGAACCAGUACGUGCCGUCGGAGCAGCUUUGGACCGAGUUUCUCGGCAAGCUCGAGUUUGACUACGACCACGAGGUGUACUGGCCGGCCUUGACAAAGAUGGCGGCCGAGCGGCGUGCGGCGCGGCUGGCGCGCUGGGAGGCGGGCGGCAAGCAGAUUGGCGAACUGGAGGACUACCUGGCGGGCAAGCUGGAGCAGGGUGUUGCACCGGCCGCUGAGGCGGUGCCCGCGGUAGCCGUUGCGGAGACACCAGCUGUGGCCCCAGCGGCUAAGACUCCGGAGACGGCUGAGACUUCUGUCGAGGACCUCAAGGUGGCCGACCUGAAGGUAGCAGACGAGACGUCGGCUGAGACGACGGCUGCCACUGCUGCUUAA